AUGCGCCACGUGAUGACCAAAUUCUCCAAGAAGAUGGAUGUUGACCAUAGUCCUGAAAAAUCUGCUGACUGGACGGAUAUGGAAAGGAUGCUGUCUGGCAUUUUCGAUAUGGAGGAGGGGGGCUUCCGGCCCUACACCGUGGUUCUGCAUGGAAAAUCGGGAAUCGGGAAGUCAGCUUUGGCGAGAAGGAUCAUGCUACGCUGGGCUCAAGGUGACUUCUACGAGAGCAUGUUCUCCUACGCCUUCUUUCUCCACACUAGAGAUCUGCUACGGAGGAGGGAGAGCAGUCUUGCAGAGCUGAUUUCCAAGGAGUGGCCGGACUCCCAGGCCCCGGUGACGGAGAUCAUAGACUGGGCCGAGAAGCAACCCACCCCUGUCCUGAUACACAGUCUGCUGAGGAAAGCCCUGCUGCCUGCGUCCUCCCUCAUAAUCACCGUCAGCAACGUGGGCAUGGGCGCGCUCAAGUCGUUGGUCCAGGUUCCCCGCUACCUGCUGGUUGGCGGGAUCUCGGCGGAAAAAAGGUUUCAGUUAUUCCUUGAGCACGUCGCGAGCGAGCACGAAAGGGCGGAGAUCUUGCGUGUGAUGGACAGCUGCGACCUGUGGGGCGAGUGCCAGGACGUCACCGUGCACUCGCUGGUGUGCGCGGCCCUGCAGCGCCGGAAGGCGGGCGGGGGGCGCGCCGCCCCCAUUUCCCAGACUUUCACCGGGCUGUACGCCACCUUCGUGUUCUACCAGCUCACUCCGCGGGAGGAGGCCCCGCGCUGCCUCAACCGGGAAGAAAGGGCCGUGCUGAAGAACCUGUGCCGCAUGGCCGCGGAGGGCAUGUGGGACAUGAAGUCCGCCUUCGACAGCGACGACCUCACGGUCCACGGCCUGCGGGAGUCCGAGCUGGCCGCCGUGUUCCACAUGGACGUGCUGCUCCGCGACGGCCACUGCGAGGGCUACUACUCCUUCUUCCACCUCAGCCUCCAGGAGUUCUGCGCCGCCUUGUACUACGUCCUGGAGGGGCUGGAAAGGGAGCCCAACCUCUGCCCGCUCUUCACUGAGAGGAUAAGGAGUUUGAUGGAGCUUAAACAGACAGGCUUCAACUUCCACUUGUACCAGAUGAAGCGCUUCUUGUUUGGCCUCAUGAGCAAGGAAGUGCUGCAGGCCCUGGAGGCGCUGCUGGGCUGCCCCGUCCCCCUGGCCAUAAAGCAGAGACUCCUGUACUGGGUCUCCCUGUUAGGGCUGUUGGGCCAUUAUGCCGUCCCAGUGGACGUCCUGGACUCCUUCCACUGUCUGUUCGAGACACAAGAUGAAGAAUUUGUUCGCUCGGCGUUAAGCAGCUUCCAAGAUGUGUACCUCUCACUUCACCAGAAAAUGGACUUAGUAGUGUCGUCUUUCUGUCUCCAGCGUUGCUCCUAUUUACGGAAACUUCGGGUGGAUAUCAGAAAGAUGAUCCCAACAGAUAGAAAGGCCUGGCCUGUGAUUCCCCGGUGGGUGCCGGGUAAGGUCUUCGCCGAUCAGCAGUGGGAAAUUUUCUGCCGUGUGCUCUGCAACCACCCAAGCCUGCAGCAACUGGACCUGGGCGCCAGCACCCUGAGUGAACUGUCCUUGAGGAAACUCUGCGCCAUGCUGAAGAGUCGAACCUGUACAAUACAGAAUCUAAUACUCAAAGAUACACAGAUUAUAUCUGGUCUCUACCUUCUCUGGCCUGCUCUUAUCAGCAACCAUCACAUAAAAUACCUCCACUUGGGAAGUACCCACCUGAGCGAUACAGAUGUAAAAGAAGUAUGUGAAACGUUAAAACAUCCAAAAUGUUUCCUGGAGUCUUUGAGGUUGGAUCACUGUGGAUUAAACCACGCCGGUUACCUGAUGCUCUCCCAAGUCCUUACCGGCCUAAAAUACCUCGGCCUGUCGGGGAACAAGGUGACGGACGAGGGUGUGAAGCCUCUCUUCCAGGCCUUGGAGGACUCGGAUUGCACCCUGGAGAAGCUGACGUUGGAGAGCUGCAGCCUCACAAUUGUGGGCUGCCGUGCCCUGUCCACAGCCCUGGCCAGAAACCGGAGCCUGACGCACCUGUGCCUGUCCAACAACCACCUGGGGGACGAGGGCAUGGCCCUGCUGUGCAUAUCCAUAAGGCUGCCCAGCUGCGGUCUGCAGAAGCUGAUACUGAACCAGUGCCACCUGGACGUGGACAGCUGCGACUUUGUCGCGGUCACGGUGUUGGAGAGCCCACGCCUGACGCACCUGACCCUGAACUGGAACCCGCUGCAGGACGAGGGCGUGAGCCUGCUGUGCAAGGCCAUGCUGGAGCCGCGGUGCCCGCUGCAGGACCUGGAGUGA